AUGAAGCCCAACUUCAUCAUCACGCUCUUAAGCCUUGCUCUGGCCGCUGUUGCAGCUCCUACUGGCCCUGGCGGACUUGGCGGCGGCAGUGGUGCUGGCGGUUCCGUGAGCGGUGGCGGCGGUGGCGGCGGUUCAAUCGGCGGAGGCCUUGGUGGAGGAUUCGGGGGUGGCUUCGGCGCCGGUGCCGGUGCUGGUGCAGGUGCCGGUGCCGGCGAAGGGAUCUAA